AUUAUGCUGCUAGCGGAGCAGCUUUUUUGAUUCCUGCCAAAAAUACACUUAGCUACACUUACACGGGCCGGCGCAAAAAGCGUACACAAGCUGGUGUGGUUUACCAUUCAAAAAAGGGAGUUUGAUCCCUUGAAAGCACCCGCAAAAAGGUUCGCAUAAAAGGAGGAAGAAAGCUUGCACGUGUGUUUGGCAGGAUGGGAAACAAAGCAUCAUGCUGCUCGUACUCGAGUCCACCGCCGACGCGCAAAGCAAAGGAAGCGCCCGUAUUCGAGGAGCAUCUGCCCGAGGGCGAACUGUCCGCAAACAAUCUGCAACACAUUUCCGAACGUGAGGGUGACGACGGUGAGCACGAUCCGUCGGUCGAUCCGUCCGCCGGCACCAUGUUCCUGGAGCGCUCGAAACAAAGUCUCGAAAAUGGUAUGACGCGCAAAAAGUCUCAGCAUCAGAUCGUACCGCAGGGCGGUGGUGGUCCCGGUGGUGGCGGUGGAGGCGGCGGUGGUGGUGGCGGUGGAGGUGGUGGUGGUGGUGGUGUGCUGAAGAAGAGUAGCAGCUGUUCGACGAUCUACCUGGACGACAGUACCGUGUCGCAGCCGAACCUAAAGAACACGGUCAAGUGUGUGUCGCUGGCGAUCUACUAUCACAUCAAGAAUCGUACGAGCGAGCGGCGGAUAGACAUCUUCGAUGAGAAGCUGCACCCGCUAACGCGCGAUCCGGUGCCGGACGAUUACGAUCGGCACAAUCCGGAACACCGGCAGAUCUACAAGUUCGUGCGGACGCUCUUCAAUGCCGCCCAGCUGACGGCCGAGUGUGCCAUCAUUACGCUCGUCUACCUCGAGCGUCUGCUGACGUACGCCGAGCUGGACAUUGCGUCCUGCAACUGGAAGCGAAUAGUGCUCGGUGCGAUACUGCUCGCGAGCAAAGUGUGGGACGAUCAGGCGGUAUGGAACGUUGACUACUGUCAAAUUCUGAAGGACAUUACGGUGGAGGAUAUGAAUGAGCUCGAGCGACAGUUUUUGGAGCUGCUACAGUUCAACAUCAACGUACCGUCGUCCGUGUACGCAAAGUACUACUUCGAUCUGCGCACGCUAGCGGAAGCGAACGAUCUAUCCUUCCCGACCGAACCGCUCUCGAAGGAGCGUGCCCAGAAGCUGGAAGCGAUGUCGCGCGUCAUGCAGGAUAAAGCGACAGCGGAAGCGCUGAAAAAUGGCAUGAAAAAGUGGUCAUCGAUCGAUAAUAUCCACCAGCAGGGAGGCAUCCGGCGCAGUGUUGCCAUCCUGUCGUGAUUUUCUUCCCUCCCGACGCCGUCGCACGUGAGCGUGAUAACGGUGAUGGUUAUCGCGUAGAUCGAAUCGCCCGCCCGCCAUAACACCUUCCGACGUACGAAGAGUCCGCAGGUGCUGAGAGUGUCCUGGCGAUGGACGCUUGAGAGCAGCUACACUGCUAUAAACUAAACUUAGGGUGUAAACUAUCGUCGUUAGUACGCAACGCUCUACUCUUACUAUCGCUGUAACUGUAAACAAAAUCGAUACUGCUAUUGUAAUUAUUAUCAUCGCUAUCAUCGCUGCAACUAUUAUUGCACACGCUCGCCGGUAAUUAUUUUUUCGGUCAGGACACUCGUAGAACGGUAUGCUACCGUUGCCGCUGAAUGUUACUGUUGCUAGGGAUCGUGUUUUCCUGUGCAAAAUUUAAAAAAGAUGACAGUAUACGCGUGUAUACUGUUUCCCACAUUUUACUAAUGUCAUGCUUUUUUUAUUAAAAGAACAAAAUUUAUUCUUUAUACAUUCACACAGCCACACACACAUUCAAACUCAUACCUAUAUAACUCUGUGCUCGAAAGGAAAGAUGAUCAAAUGGAGAUCAUGCAGUAAGGCUUUAGAAGAAACAAAAAAAAUCUAACGGCAAGAGGUUCCACGACACUACAAACACAACAGAAAGCACAAACAGCAAAACAAAAAACAAAAUAGAUAAGCGAUUCUCAUCGGCUCAUGUGUCAGGAAAGCGAAAAA